GGGCAUCGUCUGGCUUGGCCAUGGACACUUCAAGGUUGAUGUUGUUUCUACUGCUGCUGCUCAAAGAGUGUGGCGCGCAACUAAAUGUAUGCGGGAGGCCUCCGCUCAACCCGCGCAUCGUGGGGGGUGAGGCGGCCCCCGCAGGUGCGUGGCCCUGGCAAGUGAGCCUGCAGAUAUUCGGGUUCCACUUCUGUGGGGGGUCGCUAAUCAACAGCGAGUGGGUGCUGUCAGCCGCACACUGCAUCUUCAGUACUAGUCCUCUGACGGCGCUUGUGGGUCGUCAGAGCCAACAGGGUUCCAAUCCUAACGAGGUGAGCCGCAGCGUCGUGGAGCAAAUCCGCCAUCCCGACUACGACGCGCUGACCAAUGACAACGACGUGGCGAUGUUGAGGCUUUCCUCGCCCGUGGCCUUCAGUGACUUCAUCCGCCCUGUCUGCCUGGCGGCGGCCCAAAGCUCCUUCUUCGCCGGAACUGACAGCUGGGUCACCGGUUGGGGGUCCAUCGGCUCGGGAGUUCCUCUACCAUCCCCCCAAGACCUGAUGGAAGUGGAGGUUCCCGUAGUAGGAAACCGCCAGUGCCAAUGUGACUACGGCAUAGGAAGAAUCACCGACAACAUGAUUUGCGCUGGUCUGAGAGAGGGAGGAAAGGACUCCUGUCAGGGUGAUUCGGGUGGUCCCAUGGUGAGCAAACAAGGGUCCGUGUGGGUCCAGAGCGGGGUGGUGAGCUUUGGUGUAGGUUGCGCCCUGCCGGCGUUUCCGGGCGUCUACGCGCGGGUGUCCCAGUACCAGGAUUGGAUCAGCAUCCUCACAGGCAACGACAACCUGCCAGGCUUUGUCUCCUUCACGUCUCCGGGCACGGACCCAGACGUGGAGGUUAGCUGCAGUGGCCUGCCACCCCCCACCACUCCCCAAACCACCACUACCACUAUCCCACCCACCACCACACCCCUAAUCCCCACCAGCCUGCUCCUUGAUGUGUGCGGGCAGGCCCCUUUCAACACCCGCAUCGUGGGGGGUCAGGAGGCCCCUUCAGGUGCGUGGCCCUGGCAGGUGAGCCUGCACAGGUCGAGGAGACACAUCUGCGGGGGGUCGCUCAUCAACAACGAGUGGGUGCUGUCGGCGGCACACUGCUUUCGUAAGAGAGUUAGACGUGAGAAGGCGUAUUUGGGUCGUCACAGCCAGCAGGGUCCCAAUCCUAACGAGGUACGCCGGAAGAUCAUCGAGAUCAUCCGCCACCCUGACUACAACUCGCGCACCAAUGACAACGACUUGGCCCUGUUGAGGCUUUCCUCGCCCGUGGCUUUCAACAACUACAUCCGGCCCGUCUGCCUGGCGGCUGACCAAAGCUCCUUCUUCCCCGGAACCGAGAGCUGGGUCACCGGCUGGGGAGACAUCAGCACGGGAGUUCCUCCACCACCGCCCCAGAAUCUGAUGGAGGUGAAGGUUCCCGUGGUGGGGAACUGUCAGUGCAGCCUCGACUACAGCUCGGUGGGAAUUAUCACAAACAACAUGAUUUGUGCCGGCCUGAGAGAGGGAGGAAAGGACGCCUGUCAGGGUGAUUCCGGUAGUCCCAUGGUGAGCAAAAAAGGGUCCGUGUGGGUCCAGAGCGGGGUGGUGAGCUUCGGAGAAGAUUGCGCCUUGCCGGAGUUUCCAGGUGUCUACACGCGGGUUUCCCGGUACCAGGACUGGAUCAGCAGCCAUAUGGGCGACGACAACCUGCCAGGCUUCGUCACCUUUACGUCCACAGGCACCGAUCCGGACCUUGAGGUUCCACUGCCAUAAAGGACCAUGGUUAGCAUGAAAUCCCAGCUGAAGAGCUCGAUUUUAUUUUCUUAUUUAAAGAGUGAGAGCAAUUGCACAACUUCUUUAUUGAAUACAUUUGUGGAUAACACCAGUUAAAGCUGAAAUACGCUUGUUUUUAUUUACAACCACAACUGAUACAGCCAUACACUACACAACACAACUAUAUGCCUGUCAUUAUUAUUUGAUCAUUGAUUGUGUUUUAGGUUUUCAUAUCCCCAAUUUUGUUGUAUCUGCACCAUUCAAUGGCAAUAGUCUUUCUGUUCUAUUUGUGUUCAAUGUUUAUGUACAGCAUUAUGUUAAAGCUGGUGCUGUUUUUCAAAGUGCUCUAUGAAUACAGGAUUGAGUCUUAAAGAUGAAGCCAUGCAAGUCUAAGUACGCAUGGACCUGUUCAGGGAAACUGCCAAUGGCUCAUUGGAUCAGUUGUGGAUGCUUUAAUUGCUAAAGGGGUGAAAUAAAAUCCAGGAAAUCACAUGGUAUGAUUUUUAAAUAAUGUAUUUGUAUAUUCUUGCAAAAAAUAAAUAUUUGGACACCUGCCAACCAGCAAUAAUUAUGGCUCUCUCAUCUUAAAGAAGCUCUUCUAUUUUCCACACAUUACCUGUUGUAAUAGCCCCCGUUUUAAAAUCCAUAUCUGUAUAUAAGACACGUGUCCACGCCGUCAAACAGUCAGACUCCAACCUCUCCACCCUGGCCAAGACACGAGAACUGUUUAAGGACACAAGGGACAAAAUUGUAGACCUGCACAAGGCUUGGAUGAACUACAUUACAAGAAGCAAGAUGGUGAGAAGAACAACUGUUGGUAUAAUUAUUAACAGAUGGAGGAAAUACAUGAUAACUGACAAUCUCCCUCGACCUGCGGUCCAUGCCAGAUCCCACCCACCCACAUUGUAUUGUGAGAUUUUGGGCAAAAAAACCUCCUUCCCCCUGUAAGAGUAUUGAAGAUGGAACAUGGCUGGUUCUUCCUGCAUGACAAUAACCCCAAACACACAACCUAGGCAACUAAGGAGCGGCCUCAUAAGAAGCAUUUCAAGGUCCUGAAGUGGUCGAGCCAGUCUCCAGACUUCAACCCCAUAGAAAAUCUGUGG